AUUGAAACUUUUAUAGUUCUCAUCCUAUGAAGGUGUGUUUGUAUUUCUGUCUCUCUCUUCCUUUCCGAACUCUGUUAAGUGCCUCAGUGCCCAGUCGUGGUGUAGUAGAAGAAGAUGAUCAGAAGAAGUUUGAUUAAUGUCAGUCGCAAGCUUCAUGCGUCCCUUCUCAUGAAACAUUCCGUUAAUAAUCUCCAUCACCAUGUCCAUCUCCAUCUCGAUCGCGCAGCAUUUAGGGUUUCAUCUCAUCCCUUUCUUCAACAUCGAAGUCAAAAUCCAUUCGCACUCAUACAACGACUCUAUUCAUCGUCUUCUCCCGCAAAUCAAUCGGAUCCUAACCCUAACCCUAACCCUAGUAAUCCAGAAAUGAAGCAUCAAGAAAUUGAAGGUCCCACCGUUGAGAAAGAUCUCUCUCCACUUGCCGAUGAAACCAGAAAAGUUACUCAUUCUCUACUGAAAACCAUGUACCAUGUUAGCAGUGUUCUUGCUUUUCUGGGCUUGGCUCAUUUAGGUUUGGGCGCAUAUUCCUAUGCUUCUGCUGGUUCAUCAUCGAAUUUGAAUUUGAUGAUUAGUGCGAUAUCUUUCGGUUUCCCCUUUUCUAUGGCGUUUAUGCUGCGUCAAUCUUUGAAAUCCAUGCAUUUCUUCCAGAAAAUGGAGCAAAUUGGUCGCCUCCAGAUUUUGACUUGUGCGUUGCAGAUCUCCAAACAACUUCGUCUUUUCUUCCUCCGUGUUCGUGCUCUUUCUUUCUUAUGUCUUGCUGGUUUGUCCUUCUCUUUUCUAUACUCUCUUUCAUCUUCUCUGUCUCUCUAAACAGUAAACACUAUUUUACUCAUCAUGUGACUAUAUUUGUUCAACUCCUAAUAUGUUUUUGUUUGGAUUUUAUUGUUGAUGUUUCACAAUCCUUA